AUGAAGCACAAGAGUUCCAAAGACGCUGCCGCCGAUCCAGCGGUGUUGACGACGACGCCCGCGUCAACCGUUGGUGGGAGAAGAUCCUACGGCACCUCUCCACCACAGCAGUCAGGAACAGCUAAGAGGACCGCCGAACUCGAUUCCGAACUUGAAUCGAGCACUUCUCAACCAGGAGACCUGUCUGAUGCGGUCAGACGGCUGAUGCGCCACGUGCCCUAUCCAGUGGCCGUCAUCACUGCAACCGACCUAAGUCACAGUCCCGAGGGGGGUCCUGAAGGAUGGCGUGGAGCAACGGUAUCAUCUUUCAACACUGUCGCUUUGCUUCCUCGACCGGUAGUCUCGUUCAAUAUCAAAAAGAUCUCCUCCACCUUCGACGCCAUCCGCAGCUCCGGCCACUUCUAUGUCCACCUCCUCUCCGAAGACGCCGACGAGGCACACAAGAUAGCCUCCAAAUUCACCAAGGGAAACGCCAGCUACCCAUUCCAUGAUGACAGCGGCGAGCUGGAGAGCUUCGCGCUCGUCAGCGACGUCCGGCCGGAUCUGAAGAGGAUGCCCCCUAUCCUCCAUUUCGAGAAGGAAUCCGGCGAUCUGGUGGUCCCGUUUCGACUGCAUUGCCGGUUCCUGCAGGACAAGCUGGUCGAGAUAGGAGACCAUGUCGUCUUGUUCGGCGAAGUGGAUCAUGUUUUCCACGAUGUCGGCGCAUUCUAUGAUCAGUCUUCCGACACGCCGAUUUCUUGUCUGGUGUAUGUCGACGGCUCUUACUGUCGGGUCGCUGUGAAAUCCAAGAUGUCUCGAACUUGA